AUGUCACUGGCCAGUACCUAUCACUCGCACAAGCCGAAUGUGCCGAUUAUUAUGGAGGAUGUGUUUGGGGACGAUCACGCGUUCUCGUUGCUUCACUGGGCUUCCAAGGAGGGCCAUGUUGCAAUUGCUGAGCUACUGCUAUCACGUGGUGCACGAGUGAACGCUACGAAUAUGGGCGACGAUACAAGCUUACAUCUAGCUGCAGCGCACGGACAUCGAGAAAUUGUUGUCAAAUUGCUUUCUCGAAAAGCGGACGUCCAUGCAACGAAUGAGCACGGGAUGACACCAUUACAUUACGCCUGUUUUUGGGGCUAUGUACAAAUUUGCGAGGAUCUUAUUCGCAGUGGAGCUCUGGUUGGGGUCUGCAACAAAAAGGGUCAAACUCCGCUGGAUGUAUGCCAGCCGCACGUACGGAAAACUAUCACUGUGAAAAUCGCGGAAUCGCACAGCGGUGAGCUGUGGCGUGGCAAGUGGCAAGGCAAUGAUAUCGUUGCUCGAAUUUUGGCUGUUCCGGAAGUUACUCCACGAAUAAGUCGUGAUUUUCAGACAGAAUUUCCUGCGCUCAGGAUAUUCGCUCAUGCCAAUGUUUGCCCUGUGCUUGCAUGUUGCAAUCAGCCACCAAAUCUUAUCGUUAUCAGUCAGUUCAUGCCAUUCGGCUCACUUUAUAAUGUGCUACAUGAGCAAACGGCUGUCGUAAUCGAUCAAGCUCAAGCAACAAAAUUUGCGUUGGAUAUAGCGCGUGGUAUGUCAUUCCUGCACUCGCUGGAUCCUAUGAUCUUAAGGCUCUAUCUCAAUUCGAAGCAUGUGGUGGUGGACGAGGAUCUAACGGCAAGGAUUUCAAUGGCUGAUACCAAAUUUAGCUUCCAAGAGACUGGAAGAUUAUAUUCCCCAGCCUGGAUGUCUCCUGAAGGUGAUUUUUGUUAUCGUUGUGCUAAUUAUUUCUGA